GCGGAUCGCUACCGCGAACCGGUGUGAGGCCGGCGUCUUAUUUUCUGUUGGCUAGCCUUUUAUGUCUGUCUCUCUGUGGUUGUUGAUUUUAAACCCCACAGUAUUCUGCACAAAUUGCUUUCUAGACAGUUUCAAAUUGUCACCGCGCUUGCGAAUUAACCUAUCCGUUCUUCCCUAUAGGAACCUCUGGACCCCUUCUGAAAACCUGAACUAACUUGACUCACUUUGUCUCUCUUACCUAGGUAAUGGGGCAGAACCAGAGCAUGCCUCUCUCUCUAAUCUUAAAUAACUUCAAGGAUGUCAGGGCCAGGGCCAACAACCUAAGCCUGGACAUCCGCCGAUCUAAGUUUGUUACUCUCUGCCGGUCAGAAUGGCCCACUUUCGGGGUCGACUGGCCACCGGAGGGUACUUUUUGUCUGCCAACAGUCGCCAAGGUUAGAGCCAAAACCUUCCUGCCAGGGAAGGAAGGCCACCCUGACCAAGUGCCCUAUAUCCUUAUCUGGCAGGACCUGGUUGAAAACCCCCCACCGUGAAUUUCUCCAUUCCUCCCUUCAGGGUCUUGCAAGAUUCUUGUGGCUUGCCCCCCUGCGGCUCGCCCCCAGGAUUUCCCCAAACCACGUAACCCCUCGGCACCCUUGUAUCCCGUAUUACCCGAUAGUCAAGACCCCCUAUCCCUAGAUCCUCCGCCCUAUCCUUCUCUCCCCCUCGCCCUUCGAGCCCCGCCAGAAGCAGCCGCCGCCCCACCACCCGACCCGCAAGAAGAACCGGAAAGGCGGGAGGCGGCGGCUGCGCCGGAGCCAAGAGGGCGCGAAACGACAGCCCCGAGUUCUCGGGAGCCAAGUUCCCGCCUCCCCGACUCCACGGUAGCCCUGUCCCUGCGAGAAAUAGGGCCCCCCGAUGACACAGGCAACCCCCGACUUCAGUACUGGCCCUUCUCUACUAGUGAUCUCUACAAUUAGAAAAUCCAAAACGCUCGUUUUUCUGAUAACCCUAAAGAUCUUAUAGCCCUCCUAGAGAGCAUCAUGUACCAUCAGCCUACCUGGGAUGACUGCCAACAACUCCUGAAAAUCCUGUUCACCACGGAAGAAAGAGAAAGAAUUCAAUUAGAAGCACGAAUGGUUUUGGGAGAGGAUGGUCGACCUACUGCGAACCCUGACCUCAUCAACGCAGCCUUUCCCUUAACCCGGCCCGACUGGGACUACAACGCAGCAGAAGGUAGGGGACGACUACUCAUUUAUCGCCAGACUCUAAUGGCGGGUCUCCGGGCAGCGGCACGCAAGCCCACCAAUUUGGCCAAGGUGUAUUCAGUGAUACAAGGUAAGACAGAGAGCCCUGCUACCUAUCUAGAAAGAUUAAUGGAAGCCUUUAGACAGUACACCCCCAUGGACCCUGAGGCCCCAGAAAACCAGGCAGCUGUUGUGAUGUCUUUCGUAAACCAGUCCGCCCCCGAUAUUAAGAAAAAACUCCAAAAGCUAGAGGACUUUGAAGGAAAGCAGAUCCAAGGUUUACUCAGAGUCGCGCAGCGGGUAUAUAAUAACCGAGAUGACCCAGAGGAAAAACAAAUCAAAGCUACGCGAGAAAUGACUAAGAUCCUAGCUGCCAUAGUUCAGAAAGAGCAACUGUCCUCGGGAGGCAGCCAAACAGUGCACCCCCCCAGGCGGCACUUAGAUAAAGAUCAGUGCGCCUACUGUAAAGAAAAAGGGCGUUGGUUGCGGGAUUGUCCUAAAAAGAAACAACAGCACUCGGAGCCCAAACCAUGGCAAACUAAAACAGCCCCUAUCCUGUUCACACAAGAUUCAGAAUAGGGAGCACGGGGUUCGGACCCCCUCCCCGAACCUAGGGUAACAUUACAAGUGGAGGGGACCCCGGUCCAGUUCCUAGUCGACACCGGAGCACAACAUUCAGUACUAGUCAAGCCCCAUGGAAGGAUGUCCGAAAAAUCAUCCUGGGUGCAAGGGGCCACUGGGACAAAGAAAUACCCCUGGACAACCCAGAGGACUGUAAAUUUGGGAACUGGGAAGGUAACUCACUCCUUCCUAGUUAUCCCCGAGAGCCCCUGCCCCUUACUAGGAAGAGAUCUACUUACCAAAAUUGGGGCCCAAAUCCAUUUUCAACCAGGGGGGCCAACCGUGACCAAUUCCCACAAUCAGCCCAUAUCAGUUCUUACAAUAAAAUUAGAAGACGAGUACAGACUCCAUCAGAAACCAUCACCACAGGGCCAAGACCUGGGGCUUUGGCUCCAACGCUUUCCAAACACGUGGGCAGAAACAGGGGGUAUGGGAUUGGCAAAACAUCGCCCGGCCCUCUUCAUAGAAAUUAAGCCCAGGACAGACCCUGUUCGAAUGCGCCAAUACCCAAUGCCCACUGAAGCCAAAGCGGGCAUCACUCCACAUAUCCGUCGCCUCCUAGACGCCGGAGUCCUGCGUUCCUGCCACUCGGCAUGGAAUACCCCCUUAUUGCCGGUACGCAAACCCAAUAGUGGGGAAUAUAGGCCGGUACAAGAUCUAAGGGAGGUCAAUAAAAGGGUGAUGGACAUACUUCCGACCGUCCCUAACCCCUACACUCUCCUGAGUGCCCUCAGCCCCGAAAAACAGUGGUACACCGUUCUGGAUUUAAAAGAUGCAUUUUUCAGCUUACCUCUAGCACCCAAAAGUCAAGAGUUAUUUGCCUUUGAAUGGACCGACCCUGACAGGGGCAUAAGUGGACAACUCACUUGGACCAGGCUACCACAAGGAUUCAAAAACUCUCCGACCCUGUUUGAUGAGGCACUACCUGAGGAUCUGAGUGAGUACAGACAACAAUACCCUAAUGUAACCCUCCUACAAUACGUCGAUGACCUUUUAAUAGCCGCCGAAACGCCUGAGAUCUGUAUCCAGGGAACUGAAGGCCUCCUACACACUCUAGGAACCCUGGGAUAUCGCGCCUCAGCAAAAAAGGCUCAAAUCUGCAGGCCAGAGGUAAUUUACUUGGGCUAUUUGCUAAAAGGGGGGCAGCGCUGGCUAACAGAUGCACGAAAAGAGACGGUCCUCCGCAUUCCCAGACCUCAGACGCCACGACAGGUGAGAGAAUUUUUGGGAUCGGCUGGGUUCUGUAGACUAUGGAUACCUGGGUUUGCUGAGCUUGCAAAGCCCCUAUACCAGGCUACAAAGAAACAGCAGCCCUUUGUCUGGACGGAGGAGACCAAACAGGCCUUCCAACAACUUAAGACUGCCCUACUAUCGGCACCUGCCCUGGGGCUUCCAGACGUCUCCAAGCUCUUUCAUCUAUUCAUAGAUGAAAAUAAGGGAAUUGCCAAAGCAGUGCUAACUCAGCACCUGGGCCCAUGGCGUAGGCCAGUGGCCUAUCUCAAAAAACUGGACCCAGUGGCGGCCGGAUGGCCGCCCUGUCUCCGGAUAAUUGCAGCCACCGCCCUGAUGAUAAAAGAUGCUAAUAAGCUGACCAUGGGCCAAGAACUACAAGUCACUACCCCACAUGCUAUAGAAGGUAUCCUCAAGCAGCCACCUGACCGAUGGCUAAGCAAUGCCCAACUCACUCACUAUCAAGGCUUACUACUGAACCCCCUCAGAGUCUCCUUCACCCCCCCGACGGCCCUGAACCCGGCAUCUUUACUACCCGACCCUGACCUGGGUGCCCCACUCCAUGACUGCACAGACAUCCUAGCACAGAUCCACGGGACAAGAGAAGAUCUACAAGAUAGGCCCCUACCAGAUGCGGAGGUUACCUGGUUCACUGAUGGGAGCAGCUUCGUCCACCAAGGACAGAGGUAUGCGGGGGCCGCAGUGACAUCAGAGACUGAAGUAAUAUGGGCAGAAGCUCUGCCUCCAGGGACUUCAGCCCAGAGGGCAGAGCUAAUUGCACUAACUCAGGCCUUAAAAAUGGGGCAGAAUCGAAAAGUGACUGUGUACACGGACAGCCGGUAUGCCUUUGCCACGGCCCACAUACACGGGGCGAUAUACCGAGAGAGAGGACUACUCACUGCAGAAGGCAAAGACAUCAAAAACAAAGAUGAAAUUUUGGCCCUAUUGGCCGCUAUCUGGGCUCCAAAGAAAUUGGCCAUAGUACACUGCCCAGGUCACCAGAAAGGAACCAACCCAGUCUCACGACGAAAUAACCUCGCUGACCAGACUGCACGUCGGAGAGCAAAAAACCCGUCCUAGCGUUGUCUGUACAGUUAACCAGAUCCUGGGCCCCGAGAUUUACCCCCACAGCCAGAAUAUUUGGAAGAUGAUCUUGCCUGGAUGUGUAAGCUGCCCAUGACCCAAGUGGUAGACAGAUGGUGGAGAGACUCUAAAGACUGCCUCAUCCUUCCCGGAAAAUUGGGCCAUGAAGUCUUGACCAGAAUACACCAUACUACCCAUCUGGGGCCUCGAAGACUACAGGAUCUCUUCCGACAUUCUAAACUAGUGGUAAAAAACAUCUCUGACCAAACAGAAGAAAUCGUAGCUGCCUGCGCAGCUUGCCAACUUCAGAACCCGCAUCCUCACACUACGACUCAAGGCCGACGAAAGAGAGGAACUACACCCGGAGCUCACUGGGAGGUGGACUUCACCGAGGUAAAGCCUGGUAAAUUCGACUAUAAAUAUUUAUUAGUGUUUAUGGAUACUUUUUCAGGAUGGACUGAGGCCUUCCCGACCAAGAAUGAAACAGCACAAAUAGUAGCAAAGAAGAUACUAGAAGAGAUCCUGCCCAGGUAUGGCUUCCCAGUAAUGAUAGGGUCAGACAACGGGCCUGCGUUUGUUUCUAAGGUAAGACAGGGACUGGCUUCCAUACUUGGGGCUGAUUGGAAGUUACAUUGCGCAUACCGACCCCAAAGCUCAGGACAGGUAGAAAGAAUGAACAGAACGUUAAAGGAGACCUUAACUAAAUUGACCACGGAGACUGGCGCUAAUUGGGUAGAACUACUCCCCUACGCUCUGUACAGGGUCCAUAACUCUCCAUAUAAGUUGGGCCUUACACCUUUUGAAAUUAUGUUUGGCAGGCCCCCAGCGAUUAUACCAGACUUGAAAUCAGAACUCAUUAAAUCAGGACAAGAUAACAGUCUCUUAUCUUCCCUCAGGGCUUUACAGCGGGUUCAUGAGGCCGUGUGGCCCAAAUUAAGAGAACUGUAUGAAACGGGACCUCCACCCGUACCUCAUCAGUAUCGCCCAGGAGACUGGGUCCUGGUCAAGUGGCACCGGCAGGAAAACCUCGAACCUCGGUGGAAGGGACCUUACCAGAUCAUCCUGACAACCCCCACUGCAAUCAAGGUAGACAACAUCCCGGCCUGGAUCCACCAUGUCCACGUAAAGCCUGUCGACCCGCUGUCAGACCUCGUGGGACACAUUAACACGGACACUACCUGGACUGUAGAUCGGAGUAAGAAAAACCCGCUCAAACUAACCUUGCGUCGUGCUCCAAACAACCAUGUUUAGCAUAAUUUCUGUU